UCUGAGCGGAGCUCGGGACGACAGCCAGGGCGCAAAGAGCAAGCGGGUUGAAACCGGAGUAGCCUGAACUGCUUGUACAAGGAAGUUCGUUGCAAAAAUGAAGUUGGCUGAUAUUAUCCUCACGUGAAGACAAUACGGAAUAUGGAGAGAGAGUGACAACAGAAAAUGACAAAGACGUUGUCAGAGUAAAUGAGCGUACUGACUCUUAACAGAGAUGGUAGUGCAUGUUUUAAAGCGCAUGCGCCGUCCCUGCCUCUAGAGCAGCAGGUAGUUCUAUAUAUUUAGAAUUAAAGAUCCAAAGUUUUUGAAGUUAUUUAUGGUGCAUUGCAUACUAAGUGCACAGCAAAACGCGCGGUAGAAUAUACAAUAUAAAGGGGUGUGUAGACACGCUUGUCCCAGGAGUGUGAAGUGGCGUAGUGUGUGUCAGAGCCAGGUGCAAGCACACGCAGUUUGUUUUGACGGGGGGAGUUAUGGAAUAUGAGGAGCCCGAAUCACCCGAACACAUCACUACAGAAGAGCCAAUCAAAAGAGGAGACACUGUGUCCAAGAAGACUCAUUUGACUCAGAUUGAGGUGAUUCCCUGUAAGAUCUGUGGUGAUAAAUCAUCAGGAGUUCACUAUGGAGUCAUCACCUGCGAGGGCUGCAAGGGUUUUUUCCGGCGUAGCCAGCUGCCGUCCGUGUCCUACUCCUGUUCCAGACAGAGUAACUGUCCUAUAGACAGAGCCAGCCGCAACCGUUGCCAGAGCUGCCGACUGCAGAAGUGUGUGACCCAGGGCAUGAGCCGGGAUGCGGUGAAGUUUGGUCGGAUGUCGAAACGUCAGCGGGAGUCUCUGCGUGCCGAGGUGGAGAGACACCGUCAGCUGCAGCAGCAGCAUCUCCAGGCAGAGGCCCAGCCCGCCCUGCCCUACCCCAGCAAGGCAUACCGUUUCCGGACACCCCACCUGCUCCAGGCCCCGGCUCCGGCCUACUCCUUCCCUGGAGAGCCAGAGCUGCCACCCUGCCCGACAGAUGUGCUCCCCUACCUGGUGUGCUCCCCAGGCGAGUCCCAGGCUCCAGGUCUGGCCUACCAGGGCUCCUGUGUGUCUCCUGGUAGUGGGCACUCAGACGAAAGAGGGUUCGACUCCCGUCAGCCGUCUCCUGACCAGACGAUAGGGAUGGGAAUUAGACCGUUUGACCCAGAAGACCCCUACUGCCCUUACCGCCCCUCCCUGCUACACAUAGAGGAGCUGUGUGACAGUGUCGUGCGGUCCCAUAGGGACACCAGUCAGUUCAGACUAGAGGAACUACAGGCUCUGAGAUGGAAGUUGUUCAGCAGAGAGGAGAUCCAUGCCUACCAGAGCAAGUCAGUAGAUGAGAUGUGGCAGCACUGUGCUGUGAGGCUGACUGAAGCGGUACAGUACGUGGUGGAGUUUGCCAAACGCAUCCCAGGGUUCCGUGGGCUUGGACAGAACGACCAGAUCACCCUGCUCAAGACUGGAUCGAUGGAGGUGGUUCUGGUUAGAAUGAGCAGGUGUUUUAACACAGAGAACAGCACCGUCUUCUUCGAUGGGAAGUUUGGCAGCACUGAACUUUUCAAGUCUCUGGGCUGUGGUGAUCUGAUGGUGGCGGUGUUUGACUUCGCUCACAGUGUGUGUGCCCUGAGACUGACUGAGCAGCAGAUGGCUCUCUUCAGCUCACUGGUGCUCAUUAACCCAGAUCGCCCCUGUCUUGAGGAUAGAGGCAGAGUACAUAGAAUGAGAAGAGACUUGGAGGUAUGCCUCAGUCACAUGCUACGCAGAGACAACCAGGAGAGUCUUCAGCACAAGCUCUACCAGAAGGUGUCAGUGUUGCGGUCUCUGUGCAGUCUUCAUGUGGAGAAGCUGCACUGGUUCAGCCAGCGCUACCCGCUCACCGUCCACUCUGUCUUCCCUCCUCUAUACAAGGAGCUGUUCACCUCUGACCUGCCUUCUGUGGACUCCCUGUGAACUCCCUCUGAACUGCACCGUACAUGUUGACAGAUAAUUAGACAAAGAAACAUGCAUACAGUAGACAGACAGACACACACAAACACACACAGACACACAGAGACACAGACACUCAGAGACACAAACACUUACACAGAGACACAGACACUCAGAGAC